CCCGGCGUGAGGUCACAAUAGCCCCGAGAGAGGAGGAGGAGGAGGUGGUGGGGGGUGAACGUGAGCCACAACAAGGGGCGGGGGAGCCCUGCGUGACAUCACCAGCAGCGCUGUCCCACAGCAGGCAGCGGCGGCCGCGGUGCUGCCGGAGUCCGGAGCUCGGACGUGGAGGCAGGCAGGCAGGCCCCGGGCCGGAGCCAGCAUGGAGGAGGCCCAGGCCGGGCAGGAGCUGCGGGUCGGCUCGUCGGUGCCGGUGCUCGUGGAGCAGGUUGUGAACGACACGCUGGUGGUGAGCCUGAGCUGCGGGAACAGGACCUACAGCGGGAUCCUGCUGGACUGCACCAAGAAGUAAGUACACCCCCGGGGGACUACAACUCCCAGCAUGCUCGGCCAGCCAUGGGGAUAUUGGGGGUUAUUGUAUACCCAUGGCAUUGCACUGGGUAACAUUAAUAACCUGGGAUCCAUCUCCCUGACUCCUGUCCUAUCAUUAACUGGGAUUUAAUUAACUCUAUUCACCAUACAGGGCUGGACACAAACUAUUCCUAUCAGUGAUGGUAGGUCUCUCCAGCUGUACACUUACAACUCCCAUUAUGCACAGCCAUCCCCUGGGACCCCCUAGGCUGCUCCUUGUAUAAUAAAGCUGACACCAUUCAGGUGGAUACUUUAACAGCUGUAACUUUUCUUAUUUCUGGUUAUUUACUACAUUUUGUACUGACUGUAACAAAUUAAAAUGCACACGAUCAAAUUAAGCCUUUAAAAAAAGCUAAUUUGUAACUGGUUGACUUGGAGAUUUAUUUAUUUAUUUAUUUUACCAGAUCUGCUGUUUUUAGACAUUUUUGUAUUUUGACUUCUAACAUUUCAUAGUUUAGUGAGUAAACACCCAUGACUCCAAGGCCUUGUUGCACUUGAUGAGUUUGGAGGGGUUUAACACAUGUGGACAGGUGUGUGUGUGAGAAAAUCCGUAUUAAAAGGGAACACCACAACCACUGCAGCUUAUAAUAGUUUGGUGCAUGGAUGCUGUCUAAAUUUUUUUUUUUUUAUCGCUCUCAUUGCAUUGUAAUAUGCGUCAGAUUUAAUUUUAACAUUACAGUGUCCCUUUUGUACCCCUGUAGCACGUGAGAAAUAGGCGAAUAUGUCUGCAGAAACAUCGCUACUACCAAUGCAGCAUGUACCGAGAUUACAUUUGAUGAAACCUUUAGUUUAUAUUACGUUACUUUGUCUGUGCUCUGUAACUGUGUGCAAGACAUUGAAAGUGUUCGAACAUCUGAUUAUGUAUUGUGAAAGCACACUAGGGCCCUGUCCAUAUGAGUCUUGAUCUCAGUUCUUUAUUCUUUAAAUUGUAAGUAUAAAACUCAAAAUAUAGUUUUGUCCACUUCGCCAUAUGCUCUGUUUCGGGUUAAUAGACCACGAGUUUUAUUAGUACGUUACAUACUGAAACUACAGGUAAUAUGCAUUAAUAGAACCAAUACAAUAUUAAUAAACAAAAUGCAGGCAAUGGUUAUAUACUAGGACAAUACAUAGGUAAGGAACUGCACUUACGAACAUUAGCUAUUCGGCUCUGAAGUGGCUGUCCCCCAACAUUUCCCCUAUUUCCUUCCUCCCAAUUAAUCCUAGAAAUGUUAAAGUAUUUGUGGAAUAUAAUUGCUUUUCAAUGUAUUUAUUCUGAUUUCUUUUUCUAUCACACAGAUUUUGAUGGCACAUAUAAUGUAAAUAUGGAAAACCUGUUUAAGCCGUGACCUUUGUGGAUGGCUAAACGUAUAACGGCACAUCCGAUAUACCAAUGAUCAGAUCUAAUAUAUUUUACGACAUCUGUUAAAUGAUGUGAAAGGCUUUGCCAUAUUGGGGGAGGAAAAAAGGUUGCAGUGGACUUGCUAAAGGCAGCUUUGCAGCAAAGUGGCUACAUUUUUUUGCACGUUUUAAACUUCUAUAUUAAGGUUUCCUAUUUCUAAAGGGGAAGGGGCACAGUGUGCAUCCCUGUCAGAAAAGAAAUACCGUAAAACAUGGCACAGUGAACACUGAAAACUACAGGUUCAGGAAAAAAAAGAGAGCUCCCUAAAUCAAAGCGUGUGCAUUCUAAUCCAUUCAAAUUUGCGAAAAUCAUGAACAUUCUUAUCAGGGCACCUGAUCUCUGCAUUGGAAUAUAGUGUUAGAAAUGCAAAGGUGAAUUGGUCAGGGAGGGGGGAAGGAACAAAGCAGCUGCGUAGUCCUUGGCUAUAAUCAGCUUUAAUGAAUUUAAGCCUUACACCGUGAGGGGGAGGGGAACAGUUUGCUCCUAAAUUAUCUGCUGUCCUGUGUUUACUUCUUGCCUUACGUAAAGUCAAGCUGAUAUCAGCUUGCCCUUUUAAUUAUCUAAUGUGCCUGGCACAUGCACAGUUAAUGUUCCAGGCCACAAAUGCAAGGCAUGUAGUCGCUUUGACAUAUGCCUUAUUUUCACUGUCAACUGCUCUUUCCUGAACUCUCUUGUUUCUCUGUAAGCCUCUUACUGAUGUGCCAGUCGGUGUAAAUACCCUUGGUGUCCUGGAUGAGCCUUCAUGGCAAGAAAUGCUUUAUUAGCCUUCUGAAGAAUCUUGUUUGUUUUUUGUUUUUUUUAAGUGUUUUUUGUUUUUACUUGGUGUGCAUUCCAAACAUAACAACAAAAAGACCCUUCAAAUGUUUUCAACUGCACCUUUUUAACCACAUUGUGUAGUGGUGCCUGUAUGCUCUUAAAGCCUCACCCUGUUCGAAGCGUGCUGUCUCCUAUUAUAUUCGGCAGAGAGCAUGAAUCAAUGACACUCUCUCUCUCUCUCUCCAGAGAAUAUAAUCGAAUACUGCCCCCCCUCCCCCGUUAUGGAUGCGGCCAGCAUGCUAUUUAAAGGGAAAUGAUCAUCUUAAACCUACCGGCAGAUCCAUUACCACAUUGGAAAAAGAGAAAUAUUUGUUUUUGUGCAUACCUUUUAUCAUCAAAAAGUUUAAUUUUGUGAUGCGGCAUAUUUAAAACCACUGUUUUGUGGUUGGUUUAAAAAAAUAUAUAAUUUUUUAUUUUUUUUAAUUUUAUUUAUUUUAAUGUAAAUGGUAAGAAUUUGGGUGCAAACGGUCAAUAAUGGCCAUUCUUGACUACUAGCAAUUUAUGGGGAAUACACUGGCCCCAAAAAAUAGGGGAAAUGUUUACCACAACUGUGGCAGACGCCACGUUUGGCCCAUACUAAUUUAUUCAGAUCCUUGACAAUACAAACAAUGGUUUCUCAAAAAUAAAGCUGUCUCUUCUCCCCAGCCCUGUUUUCUCCCUUGCCACUUCCUGUAAAAAAAAAAAAAAUGACACUAAUCUUAUAUUUAUUAAAGGAUAACUUUUUAAAAUCGUUUUCUAAUUGUAAGUACAACCAAUUUUACCUGUAACUUCUUAAGAACCAAGAAUGUAUUGGGGGAUCCUGGUAUAGGAUUUGCAAAUUCAAAGUUAUUUGCAAGGGUUAAAUAAAUAAAAAAAUAUGCUGUUUGUCAUCCUUAAACAUCUUGCCGAGCCACUGCUGGUAAAUAAGUGCGAUGUCGCAUAUUGGCUGAGAUUGUUAUGGACCAAGUGUGAUGCCAGCAUGUGACUUUGGUUAAUUUAGGAGGAGAAACACUCAUUCAUUUUCAGUUGGCAAGGUCUUUGUUUAAAGCUGGUUUGUAUUAAGGAUAUUCUUCUGUGCUUCCUCCAGCCUUACUUUACGUAAUUGUAUGCAAAUAAUAACCAGGGCUUAUGCUUUUGAAAGCUGCAAAAUGCAUUUGAGACACCACAAAAUCUUGUAAAUAGCUGGGUAAUCAAAAUAUUGCAAUAUUAAUAACGAAAUAUGGAAAUAAACAAGUCUUGCUAAAUUUUCUUGGCAUAAUGUGUUGAUGUUAACCUUCCACAUCUGGUUAUAUAAUCCAUAACAAAAUACUGAGCCAAGUGACCCAACAAAGUGUAAAACAAAUAGUGUACUUUCUAGUCGGUCAAAAUAAGCUUUAUGGGAGAAAAGCUCUCAUUGAAGUAGGCCUUUUUUAUUUGCUUAUGUUAAAGGGAUGUUAUAGUCACUUGAACAACUACAGCUUAAUGUAUUUGUUCUGGUGAGUAUAGUCAGUUCCUGAAGCUUUUUAUUUUUGCUGUAAAUACUGUCUUUUCAGAAAAAAAGGGAUACCUCCAGUGGCCACACAGAUGGCUACCAGAGGUGCUUCCUGGGGCAGUGCUGUACAGUGUUCAGCGCUGACAUUCAGUGUCUCCACCCUCUACAUGGAAACACUGAACUUUCAUCAUAAAGAUGCAUUCACUCAAUGCUGAUUGGCCAGGGCAGCAUUUGGCCCCGGCCCACCUUCUUGACUAAGAUCUCAGCCAAUCCAAUGCUUUUUCUAUGGGAAAGCAUUGUUUUUGGCUGAUAUAAUCACUUCUGAUUAUGUCGGCUAAGGGGGCAGAGCCAGCACCAGCAAAUUGUGGAUAGAUAGGGAUGUUAACAUUAUAGGUUCAGGAAUACAUGUUCGUGUUCCUGACUCUAUAGUGUUCCUUUAAAUAAUUGAACAAUUCUUUACGUUUAUAGUUGAUAACUUUGUGGGCUCUUAUUGUUUUUUCAUGAGAUAAACUUAAACUCUCUCACAGUGAGCUCAAUUCUUAUCUGGAAUAGUCUUCUGCAAUAUAAUUGUUCCUGAAUUGGCUUGGUGUAUUCCAUAAACGCAUACCUCUCAGGGUUUUAAUGGGACAUUUAAUCAAGCAUUUGGCAACAAUCACAUAGGAGGUGUAGCAUUGCUUUGUGAGCCAAUAACUUUACUGGGUCCUCUAUUUACAUUCGUAUAUGCACACACAACCACCUCUCAGAAGUCUUUAAUUGAACUUUUGGGAGUUGUAUUAUGAGCAUAUGUGAGCUGUACAAAUAUUUGGAAUUGCAGAAGAAAAGGUUUUAUCACGUGAUGUCUCUUGCUGACAAAGUGACCUUUUAGCUGUAGUAAUUUUACCAAACCACUAUACAGGCAAAUGUAUUCAGGGAUAGACAAACCAUGCAAGAGCCAGAAGUUCAUAUGGAGCUUGGAGUGUCCUUAAUAGGACACUCAAGUGCCCAAAUAAAUAAAUGAGGGGCUAUUGCAAAUGCUGCAGAUAUCUUGUCUGAAGCAUUUGCAAGCCUUCCCUUCCUAACCAGUAGCAGGACUUCCUACACAAAAUCUACAAUUUUUGUAUGCUGUGUUUUAGAUAUACCCCCAAUGUAAAACAAAUAAAAUAAUUGCCUGCAUGUUUUCGAUAGGGCUAUAUCUACUAAACAGUGAUUUAUUUGUAUUUGGGCAGUGGAGUGACACUCUUUUUUAAUUGUAUGUUUAAAUGGACAUGCCAACAUUCCAAGCAUCAGAGCCUAUAAGUACUUUCUGAUUUAUUUAUUUUUAUUUAUUGAUAUAUUUUAUUUUUUUUUUGGUCUGCACACAUUUCAAGGAUUCUAGCGCCUUUCCAGUAUAAGGAGUAAAUUUUUUUUUUUUUUUUUAAUGGUUUGGCAACGUGCCUGGAGCCCUCAAAGACAGUCUAAGUGGUCUGAGCUAAGUACUGCACUGCCUGGCUAGUCUUUUUGGGUCUGAUUAGGUUGUUACUGGCGGACCUUAGAUAAGUUGUCAAACCAUUCUUAAAUUAUUUUGACACCAUAACCACUACAGCAAACUGGAGUGUUAUGGUUCUUUCCAUAUAACAAACUGAUAGUCAAAUGUUGCCAGUCCACAGUAGUAUAGAAAAAGUCAACCAACCCGUUUUGGACUCCAUAUUCUCAGUUCAUGUUCUUUAGUCUUGCUUCCCUCCUGAUGUUGCCCCCCUCUCUCCCAAAGAAAUCCUUUCCCUCUGUCUCCUCUUAUAUUUAAAUGUAUGUUGAGAUGAGAUGGAAUGACAAAAAAUGCAAUUGAGAUACAAACCAGUUUAAGUAUUUGUUCCAAAUCUACAUGUUUUACUGCUUAAUCCUCCAACAUUUUUCUCUCUUUCUUAGAUCGGGGUUGUUUUGUGUGCCACCAACUCUAUUUCCAAAGUAUGAUGACCCUCCAACCAAUGGUACUUCUAAUGACAUUUCUGAAGAUGCCAACACAACACAUCCAAUGUCUGGAAUGCCUCUUCAAAAUGUUGACCUUCCUAUGGCAAGUAACACAGAUCAAGUUCCCCCACUAAUUCCUCCACCCGGGACUACUCCUUGCUAUCCACCUUACUUUGAUGGAGCCCCCCUUCCCCCUCCUUUGUGGCUGAGAAAUUCCUACAACCAGUGGGUUCCUCAGCCACCUCCAAGGACUAUAAAAAGGACAAGAAGAAGAAUGUCAAGAAACAGGGACUCUGGGAGGCUUAUAAUGAGUACCAUAAGAUUAAGACCACGUCAAGUUCUUUGUGAAAAAUGUAAGAACACAUUAAAUUCUGAUGAAGUUAAGGGGGAGAAACAAAAAUCUUCAAACGGCAGAAAGCAUCAUAUGGAGGACAAAGAGCAAAGUAAGCUUGAAUCUGAUGAAAUCAAAUCUGCGAAGGAGAAAAAGGAGUCAAUAAAGGAUUUGGUGCAUAGAAGUCCAGUUAUUAAGAUAUCUUACAGUACACCUCAGGGUAAAGGAGAAGUGGUUAAGAUUCCAUCUCGUGUGCAUGGUUCUGUGGAGCCAUUUUGUCCAAAUCAGACAUUACAAAAUGGAAGUAGGGACCAAGGCUUGCCCAAAGAUGAUAGCUGGCAAACUCCAAAAAAAUUAGUGGAUGAAUCAAAUAGCAGUCAAAUGGCUUCCAUUCCAAAACUAAAGUUGACUAAGCCCUUGCAUUCCAGAUUAGAAGUUCCACCUCCCAAAAUUAGAAUUAGACCUCAAAGGACGAAUGGCAGAAAAAGUGUUUCAACCUAUAAAUCUGAACUAAUCGAUGGUAUAGACGUUCACCAAAACAGCAGGGAAUCGGAUAGCAAUUCGUCACUUCUCUGUAUGGAUGAAUGCUCAGAUAGGCGAUUCCACGAUGCGUCUCUCGGGAGUUCAGGCGAAGACGAUGAUUUUAAAGGUUUUCGGCACACAGAAGGACCAAACUUAAAUUUGGUUAUGAAUUACAGAAAAAGAAAAGCAGAUUCAUCGUGUGCAUCCUUAUGCAGUAAUGACAGUUUGGAUGAAUCAAAAUCUUCUCUGGACUUAAACGCCAUGGGAUUUUGUGAUCUUAUACCUGGUGAUGAUCUUUCGGUUUCCUCUUCCAAAGAUGAACAGAAAACUGUCCCUCCACUGACUGUUCGGUUGCAUACUAAGAGUGUGCCCAACUGCAUCACUGUAGAAGGAAAGACCAUUUCGGUAGGGGACAUUGUAUGGGGCAAGGUUCAUGGCUUUCCUUGGUGGCCUGCACGUAUUCUAAGUAUUAAUUUGAAUCAGAAAGAGGAUGGUGACCCAUCUUGGCACGAAGCAACUGUUUCAUGGUUUGGUUCUCCGUCAACAUCCUGUUUGUUAAUUUCAAAGCUGUCUUCUUUUUCUGAAUUCUUUAAACUUCGAUUUAAUCGUAAGAAGAAAGGUGUGUAUCGGAAAGCUAUUACAGAAGCUGCCAAGGCUACUGAUCAUAUUACUCCAGAAAUUAGGGAUCUGUUAAUGCAGUGUGAAACGUAACCUCAACACCUAUGGCAGGUAAGUAAAUCCACGACUCGCAGACAAAUAUUGCACUUCACCUUUCCUCAUAUGUUUAUCAGAAACUACAUAUGCACACACUCCUUAAUAACCAAAAUGUAAAAAGGUUGGUUCAUAUAAAAAAAUACUAUCAAAUCGCUAUGAAUUUGUAAUUUAAAGUAACACUGUUAUUAAUUAAUAAAUAAAAAUACAGAAUAGGAUCAGGGCACACAAAAAUAGUAAAAAAUAGUUUUUACAUUUUACAUGGCUGCUUAAAAUAGCCUAUCUUGGCAUACAAAUAUAGGGAUUCAGUUACACCUUAUGACCAUUGUGUUAAGCCCAGCACUACGUCGCAGUACCCUAAAAUCAGGGAGUAAAACACAAAUUUUAACAUGGAAGGUGAACAUUCAAUACUUGCUGCUUAAACUGUUUCAAGACACUGAAUAUCCAUGUUUGUUUGCUCAGAGUUGAUUUUAAGUAGCAUUGUAAAGUUUGUAAUUAUUUUUAUUUAUUUUGUGUGUGCGCCUGUGCAUGCGCACAGUUGCUUAAUUAGCAUUUUGUUAUAAAUAAGGGUAUAGUUUAUUAUUUAUAACGCUGGUGUUACUCUGAAAUUUUACUUUUGUGUCAUCCUGCACUGUCCCAGCCUUGGCACUGCUUGACAUUACACCUCAUGGAGGUUUUCAAGCCAAGCCAAUGCUUCACAGAAACUGCACUGCUUACACUGGUCAGACUGCAGGGAUAGAAGAUAUGCACUAAAAACACUACAUUAGCAUGUAUUGGUUUUUCUGCUUCGUGUCUCUUGACACCAAGUCUCAUGACUUGCCAGGACAUUUGGGAUACAAUGGCAUUUCCCAAAUUUUUUGUGUCUUGGAGGGGUUGAAUUUAUUUUAAAAUACUUAUGUUUCAAUGUGUAUUCGCCAUUCUUAAAGGGACACUAUAGGCACCCAGACCACUUCAGCUCUUUUAAGUGGUCUGGGGGCAGUGUCCAGGCACCAUUAACUCUGCAAAGGUAAUUAUUGCAGUUUUUCAUAAACUUCAAUAAUUCCAUUAUGGGUUAACUCAAUUUCUAGUAGUUGUCUACCAGACAGCCACUAGAUGGACUUCCUGACCGUUAGGCGUUUUUGGUCACCUAACUGUUGCUCUGGACGUCUUCACGCUGUGCAUGAGUACUUCCAGCAUCACCGGAAUCGCAUAAUGCUUUCUUAUAGGGAAAUCCUAAUGCGAGUGCGGUUGAUGUCAGCAGGUGAGGAGAGAAGGUGGACCUGAGUUUGUUUUCCUGGCAUUAUAGUUUCCCUUUAAUUUUGUAAAUUUUUAAAUGCUACUAGGAGCUAUGCCUCGCUACUUUGUUGUCCUUUUGAAAAAGCAAGCAGGGAUAGACUAUUGCCUUACAAACUACUAGACUACCUGUGGCUUUUAGUAAGUAAACAUUUAAAAAAAAAUUAAGUUCCUUAAGACAUAACUAAACUCUCCUGUAAUCCAGCCUGGGACAGUCUCCUUGCCACAGUCUGUUCUACCUCUUCUGUGACCAUAACUGUUGAGCAGCUUAGUCCAACCUACUGCUUCACGUAAAUUAGCUUUCUGAUUCUUUGAUGCAUGCAUGGCAGUCUCUGUGAUCUGCCGCUCUUCUCUGUGAUCCACUUCUUUUAUUGAGUGGAACUGGAACCUCUACUUCUCUAUAAGAAUCCGUAAUCAUGUCUGUCUGACAGUCACUUGAUGCAAGGUUUUGGACAAAUGCAAAACAUUAACGUUUCUCUGAAAUAGGAAUGUUUUUAUGUUGUCUGACAAAUGGGACAGGACCUUCACAAAAAUCAUUUAAUUAUGACGUCAUGGUUUUGGUGCUUAGAGCUCCUUUAAAUGAUCUCAACAGAAGCUAUGCAUCAUCUGUAAUGCAUUACCUGUGUGUCUCGAAGUUGGACUUUGAGAAGUCCUUCUUGGGCAUAUAAACUCAAAUAUUCUAUAUAAUCUCCACACACACACUUGGUUCAUUUCUGAUACUUUUGAUUGAAAGUGACCUAUUUUAAGAGGAAUUGUCACUUUUAGCACAACCAAUAGCCAACUAAAAUAAAAUGUAUAUAUUUACUAGAAUGAUGUGGAGGUCUUAUUCUUUCAUUGUGUCAUGUCAUUCUUGAUGUGUUUUUAACAGGAUAUCCUGCAAAAUUGUGUUUGUGUAGCUCUUGGCACUCCAUCUCAUUAAAGAUUAACUCCAUCACACUAGGACUCGUGUAUACAUUAAUCCCAGGGUAUGCACCCAUAUCUUGAAAUAGUGUGUAAACGAUUUGGACAAUUGCACAGGAAACUAGUUUAUUGCAAACUAAUUCAAUUUGCAAGUUGCCCUCUAAAAGCUUUGACAGCUUGCAGUGCCAGAAGCCAAAACGCUGCAAGCUGCUGAACACAGAGACGAGCUCCUCCAUGCCAGUGUUUGUGGUGUAUGAACAAGUACUGAUGCAGGUCCUGUAUAUUAGCUGUUUUAUUGCUGGAAGUAUGUCUAUUGCUUGGGCUGGAUCACACACAGGAAGACCUUUUAGAGCCCCCAGAUAAGUCCCACUCCAAAGUCGAGGGGACUGGUGACUUCAGUCCAGCCUGUGACAGCCCACUGCCUUGUCAACUACAAACUAUCUUAUUUUAUUCAUCACUGAAGUGGGGGUGGAGGGAGUGGAUUGCUCCUUGGCCAGAGAUGAUGGUUGGUGAAUCAUUUACUUUUUUUUUUUUUGGGGGGGUGGGGUAGCAUGUGGUCUGCUCCUCAGGCGGGUGCAUGCUACAGUACUCUCCUCUGCAGUUUUGGCGCUUGAAAAUUGAGUCAGAUCGUAGUCACCAAUCUUCCUAGUUGUAACUUAAUACUGGAAGUGGGUAGCAACCACUGGAGGUAAAGACCACUUGCUUGCCCCAAUGGACCAGCAGGGGUUCUGGACCCGGCUAGACUAUCAUGCAGGAGGAAACCGUAUUUCCAAAGUGUAAAAUCUAGUUAUAAUGCCAAAAAUGUAUUAAUACUACACUUUAUAAACCUAUAAAAAGUAAUGGAAGCAGUGUUGUAUAUGUGCAGCAUAGCACUUUAGUUUCAAUUCAUGGGAAAUACAUGCCAUGUUAUAUUGUAUGCAAAGCAAAGUUAUAGGUAAGAAACAAAUCUAUAAAGUACUAGUGAGGUGCAAACAAACAGUGUGCACUAAACCUUUUAAAUGACGCAUUAUGGAAGUAAUUGGAAAAACGAAGCAUGCACCUUCAUGCAACAUAAAUAUAAACAACCUACAUUGUACAAAUAUAAAAAUUCUGUGAAAGGAGAACGUAAUUGAUGUAUUAUGUCAAUGUUCUAGUGAUAUUAAAUAUAUAUAUAUAUAUAUAUAUAUAUAUAUAUAUAUAUAUAUAUAUAUAUAUAUAUAUAUAUAUAUAUAUAUAUAUAUAUAUAUAUAUAUAUAUAUAUAUAUAUUUAAAAAAAAAAAAAUGUUUUUAUAGCAGCCGCAACUCUGACCAAGUCCAACACUUGAUUGGAGUCAGUUGGACACAGAGCUGUUCUGCACGCAUUUUGCUGGCUUGUGCGGUUUGUUCCUCUACCUCACACUCCUCCAACUUGUGUCCCUGCGAAGCAGACCCCUCUACCACCCCCUCCAUCAGUCAGGAAAGGGGACAAAAGAGCUAGGCAGACAAGUUGAAUUUUUGGGCAAGGUGCCGGUGUGCAACAACUUUAAUGCAGAAACCUGUAAUUAGAACGCUUGCAGGUUGUUGCACAUUUGCUCCAUCUACAUCAGGGCACAUGCAAAAUCCAUGUGCCCCUCUGAGCUUUUCCCUAAGAAAUGACUGACGGAUAUCAACAUCAACACGUUAGCCUACCACUUGCACAACCACCCUUCCCACCACCUGGUGCAAUUUUUGAUUUCAGGAUAUUCCAAUGGGUUUCACACCGUGCUAGUAACACUCUCUUCUGUCACACUAGAAUGCCCUGACUUACUCUCGGCUACAAACGACCCAUCUGCUGUUGACGAGUUGCUACGAAAAGAGACCACGUCAGGUUUUAUGAUCCUUUUCCGCACUCUCCUUUUUCCACAUGGUGAACGAACCCUAUUGGAGUGGUUACCAACAGCACAUCUACUAAAAAAACUUUGAUCAUCAACUUUUCCUCGCCUCAUUCCUCUCACAAUCCUAGUUUAAAUGAACUAAUACCGGCUGAAGAAUUUUCUCUCCAUUACGCCACUGUGGAAAUAUGCCAUACAAGCUAUUCUACUGGCUGGUGAACAAGCCUGGCUCAGUAAGAAGGAUAUUACAAACGUAUUCACAUUACUACCUAUCCAUCCGUCACUCUGGCAUAUCCAUGGCGUCAAAUGGAGGGAUAAUUAUUACUUCGCCACCAGACCCCCUUUUGGCUCCAGGAGCAGCCCGAAACUGUUUGACAUCUUUGCAGAGACUGUAUGUUGGCUGCUCCUGAAUAUGCCCCAUGGUCAGGCACUAUUUGGAGGAUUUCUUACUGGUCGAGGCAGGUUCCCUCACACCAUGAAGCAUCCUUAGCACCACACACUGUUUUCAACACUAGGUGUUCUAUUGUCCCCUGAUAAAACGAUAGGCCCCACAACACAGUUGGUAUUCCUGGGUAUCUCACUAGACUUGGUCUCUAUGCAGACACGACUCCCCAAUGUGAAAUUGAUGCCCAUUAGACAAGAACUGGACCAGUUCCUCCAAAAAGGUUCUGGUACACAGAGGGAUCUCCAGUCUUUACUGGGAUACCUCAAUUUCUUGAUGCAUAUCAUUCCACAGGGGAGAUCCUUUAUCUCCUGAUUUGCUUUGCCUGAUGAUGGCACCAUAGUACUUAAUCCCCCAGCCGUAGCCGAUUUUAUGCAUUUGGAGGCACUUCCUGACAGAGUGGAACGGAAUCCCCAUGUUCAUUCUGCCCACUGACCGGCCACUAAUUUGGACUGAUGCAGCAGCCAACACUGGGUUCGCUGCAAUUUUUGCUAACCAGUGGUUUAGGGGUUUUUGGCCUCUAGAAACACUUACUUUACCGGCCUUCAGGGAAACUUCAGCCCUUUUUGAGAUCUACCCCAUUGUAGCUGCUGCCCAUACUUAGCGUCACCUGUGGGCCGGUAAGGCAGUCAAGUGUUUCUCAAAUAAUUUGCCAGCUUGCGAGAUCAAUAAUAAAGGGCGCUCUUUCUCCUUGACCAAGGAAAUUGACGUGGCUGGCCACCAAACUAUUUUUCUUGGUGUGCGAACACAUUCCGGGCAUUUAUAACACUGUCCCAGUCUAAUUUUCAGGCAUUCUGCAAGGUGUAUCUCUCCGCCAACGAGCUCCCAUCCAGAAUACCAAGAUUUCCGGAGCUAAUACUGGACUAACGGGAUUAUUGACCCAUGCACGGUCACUCUCACGCAACGCUUUUUCAGCCAAUACUAAGACCGCAUAUGAUAGGGCGUUGAUUGUUUUCCACAAAUUUGGUGGGGAGUUUCAUGUUUUGUAUAAUUACUCAAUUAUGGUGGCUUUUUGCCUCUUUUUGUCACUUAAUCCUCAAAUUAGCACAUAACACUAUCAAAUUGUAUCUUACAGGUGUACAGCACCGGGUCCUCACUACCUUUCCCAAUCACCCACCUUUUCUUUCUACAUACCCCAUCAAAACCAUUCUUAAAGGUAUCAACAAAAUAGAUCGACCUCCUACUACCAAUAGAUUACCCAUAUUCAGGAACAUAUCAGACCUAUUGGAAACAAACCCUUUUAACGUCCAGACUAACUCUGUCAUCAAAGUAGCCAUUUACAUUGCCUUCUACAGCUUCCUUAGACCCAGAGAGUUCACUGUGGUCUGUCAAUCCGAUAUCAGCACAUGUUUAGAAUUAUCGGACAUGGUCAAACACGGCGACCAUUACAGUAUGUCUCUACAUACAUUUAAGACUAACUAUCCUAGUACAAUCACUCUUUCCAACAGAUAACUUCUGGUGUCCUGUUAAAGUACUCGACUCGUUUCUAUCCACGCGCAACAGUCUCCCAGCUAACUCUCCCUUACUACCACUUCCAAGUUCAUGUUUCACUUUAGAACAUUGCUGCUAAGAUCGGGACAUAGCCCCGCCUCAUUUUCUGGUCACUCCUUCAGAAUUGGGGCAGCCUCCAGUACGGACACACCAGUCCAUAUCUUUUAAAAGAAUGGGCAGAUGGAAAUCCUUUGUCUACAGCACAUAUAUCCCGCAGCCUGAGAAAGAACUCAGGAAAGCUUUUUUAAAUGUUUAGCAUAACGAGUAUGCAAUAAAGUGUGUUUUCCUGCAAUAUCUUUUUGCCCUCUUUAUUACAGGCCUACCCGUACGUUGGUUUCGGCACACCACUACCAACUUUCCACCUUUCCUCUAUUUCCAUAUACGAUUUUAAGUUCUGACCACAAAUAAAAAUAUAGAUGGAUAUACACACACACACACACACACUCAAAAACGUCCAAAGUGCGAACAACAGCUCUGUGAUUAUAUUGCAGUUAUAUCCUCUAGUGUCCUAAUGACUGCCACAAGAGGUGCUUCCUGCUGCAGCAGCAGAGUAAAAAACGGUCAAAUUUGAUGCACACCCAGCACUCUUCACAUAGGCGCGUCAGAUCUCCGGUGCUCCUCCUACAAUGCAGAAGGAAGAGAGGCAAGCUGCUGUGACCGAACCAUGAUUAUUUGUGAUGGGGAUACUAAAUCGUUAGGAAUACAGAUUAAUAUACCGAACGCUUUAGUGUUUCUUUAAAUGACAAUAGUGGUAAAAAGAACCGCAAAUGCAACAUUUCUACUGGGGGUUGGCAUUCAGCUAAAGGCCUUCACGUUUAAUAGACUAACACAUCGAAAAUCCGUUCUUCCCUUCUCAGCUAUCUUGUAAAGGCCUUAUGUACAUUCGUUAUCAAAUAGGAAGGUGCAGAAGCCAUAUUUAAGGCCUGUAAUUCAAUCUGCCCUAAUACAAAUGUAUCUAAUACAGAUCUUGAACUUAAAUAUAUAUCUAUUUCUAUAUACUACUAUGAUUUUUUUGAUUUUUUUUUUUUUUUUUAAAUCACCGUACACAAGAUGCUGAGCAACCUCAAAGUACAUUACAUAGAGCAAAAGUAAAAUCGAACAAAGAAAAAAAAAAAAUAUAUAUAUAUAUAUAUAUAUAUAUAUAUAUAUAUAUAUAUAUAUAUAUAUAUAUAUAUAUAUAUAUAUAUAUAUAUAAUAAUUUUUUUUUUUUUUCAUAGAUGGUAGUUCUUGCAAUGUACUAUUUUGGGAAAUUUCUCUAAUACCAAGGGGAAGGGAAAGAUCCUCAAUUAAGAAAUAUUAACAUGUAUAUGUGUAAGAGAGGUAAAAAGAUGUGUCUCCCCAAUGCCAAACUUGAAAUCCGGAAUAUCCUAGCAAUUUUUAUUUAUAUAUUAUUAUUUUUUUUUUUUUUUUUCUCUCCUCCAUUACAAAAAGAAGUAUCUGACUCCCAUUUGGAGGGGAUAACUUUUUAGAGGAUUUAUAUCCUGUACAUACUCCACACAAUGAUUUUUCAUUUAUUUGUUUUCUAUAAUAUAUAUUCUAUUAUCUUUCUCAAAAUUGGAUUUGAACUUUGUUAUAUUGGCUGAGAACAAUAAGCCGCUGUGCUCAGCCAAUGUGCUAGCUCUCAUAGAAGCUCUUAACUCUCUUUCAGAAGUAGUGGAGGUGAGGAAACCCCUAACAGACCCCCUUCUCCCAUGAUCCUUUGCAAGCAUUUGGAAUAACAAAGCAUUGGGGAACUACCUUUUUUAGGCACCCCUGCACAACAGCGUGCUCUAGUUCUUAUGGUGGUGUUUUUUUUUUUUGUUUUGUUUUUUUUUAAUAAAGGACUGCUGUCAUGGUAUAAGAAAUCUCUUAGACGUUGACAGUCUGUAAUUAUUUUAUACAUAAACCCUUCUUUUCUAUUUAUGCAAACAUGGGAACAGAAUUCAGCACGUCUGCCAUGUUUGAUCUCUGUAUCGCAGAAAUGAAAUACAAGUGGUGUUGAAAUUCAGUUUGCUUACUCAAGGACAUCCCAAGGACUCUCACUUGUCCACUAAUGACAUAUAUAUCCUGUGAGUUGACUAAGUGUAAACGUUCACAUGCACACUAGUCACUGAAUUCUAGGUUUGCAAACAUGUCCUGUGUUAGAGAUCACUGUGCGGACAGACGCGGUAAAGUUUUCAGGCUGAUUUUACUAUUCCAAAACUUACUUUAACUUGUCUUUCCUUAAAAUUUUAGACCUUAGUGUGUUAUGUUAUAUAUUGCUGUGUAGUGUUUAAUUUUAACUCUGGUGUACAGGCUUCUGAGCAUUACUCAGAGGUUGGCUCCAGAUUCUGUUGUCUGGAAUGGCACUAACUUUACUGGUAUGCUUCUAGGACAUCAGUGCAAGUUUGACAUUUGGUAGUAAAUGGUAACUCCCAUUGGUGUAUGGCAGUGGUUCCCAACCUUUUUUCUCUUGAGUACCCCUUGGCAGCCCAUUUCCAUAGAUAGUACCCAUUAUAUUGGCGAAAUAUUUAGUAAUUAUUAUAGUUGCUGUUAUUUCAAAAAUAUGUUGUUCCAGGCUCCUCACAGUGCAGAUACACACAUGUAGAUACACAAACAUACAGACUGACACAUGUGCAGAUACAAAUUCUGACACACAUAGAGAUACAGAGACACCGAUACAAACACUGCCAUACAUUCAGAUGUACUGAUACAAUGACACACUCCUACAGAUACACACACUGACACCUGCAGAUACAUAGACACAGAUACAAGCAGAGAUACACUUGCAAAUGAAGAGACACACAUACAGUUCCACAAACACAGUUGCACAGACUGACACAUGAUUUACAGACAGGAAGAAACACUUUCACACAUGCAGAUACAUAGAUGCAAACAUUGACACACAUACAGUUGCACAGACACACUAAUGCACAUAUUGACAUACAUCUAGUUACAAGGACAUACGUAGACACACACUAACACAUAUACAAAUGUAAAGACACACAGGUACAAACACUGCCAUGCAGACAAACGCAUGGCAAAACUAAUAUAUAUAUACAGUUGAACAGACAUGCUGAUAAACACACUGCCACACAUACAGAUGCAAACACUGCCACGCAGAUACACAUACAGAUAUAAACAUUGCCACACAUACAGAUGUACAGACACACACACUGCCACACAUGCAGAUACAUACAUACACACACAUACAAUCAUUAAGACACAUACAGCUAGACAUAGACAUACUAAUACACACUGACACACAGAUACAGACACAUAAAUACACACUCAUUUGCAUACAGAUACAAUGACAUACACAGAUACCAGGGCCAGCCCCAGACCUUUUUCUGCCUGGGUCCCCCAAAACACGCCCACAUUUAUUAUGUUGUAUUAUGAUAAUUAAAACUAAAAGGAAAUAUAUAUCAUGAUUAGAUAAAUACAUUCCAGUAACAUAUUUAGUUAAUUUCACACUAAAUUAAAUGUCACAACAUAUAUGCUUCUGCAGUGGUAAAACAAUAUUAGCCAAGUGCAAUAUAAUAUAUUAGCCAAGUACAAUAUACGUCAAUCACUAAGUGUGUGCGCACUGGGGGUGCAGUGUGUGUGUGUGCGCACUGGGGGUGCAGUGUGUGUGUGCGCACUGGGGGUGCAGUGUGUGUGUGCGCGCUGGGGAUGCAGUGUGUCUGUGUGUGCUGGGAUUGGAAUUCCUAUGUCCAGCACAUUGUGUGCAUCAGUGUUUAUUUUGUCAACUAACCAUUUUAGUCAACUACAAUGUUUGAGAUUCGUUCGACUAAAAUAUCUAGUGUAGUGUAGGGUGGUGUGAUUUGAAGCUAAUAACUACUUUCCCUUUCAGUAACAAGGGUGUUGUGGAGUCUGAAUUGAACCCAAUGAAGCCCUGUUUCUGUCAUUUGUGGGCUAAUUUGAAACUGAACUCAGUGGGUAAGGGGGAGGGGGGUUGCUGAAGAAACUCCCUUAGUUGAGAGACAUGUCCAAUAAUGCAAUCUGUCAAAGUUUAGUCAUAUUUCGUUUUAUUUUUUUUUAUAAAUCUUUUCAUACAUACUUUUCAAAGUUUUUAUUCUUUAUUUUGGUUAGUGUAUUUGUUUAAAAGUGUUUGUUGAUUUUAAAAUAAAUUGGCAAGUGAUGCAUGUCCUUUAACUGUGAACAGGAUGUUGGCACCAGGGAACUGCAGACACUUCAAAGAGAUAAAGUGGUUACAAUGCCUACAGGCACUCCCUUUAAGCAGAUGGUUAUAAAAAGUACCACUAUUUAUUUAUUUUUUCUUUUCUUUCCUUUUUGUACAAAGAGGUCAAAAUUAUAUAUACAUUUUAAAAAAUUUUGUAAAGCUUUUCUAAAUAAAAGUGAGAGACGUGAGAUAUUCAUGUGUCUUCUAAUUAAACUUGAAAGUGGCAUAUAUAUGGGAAGUACAUUUGAGCGUUCAACUUUCAGACUUCUCUUUACAGUAGUAGGGCUUGCAUUUCAUUACUUUGUAACCAAAUAGUUGGAUAUCUUUCUGAUGAGAACUUUUAAAGGCACUGUUACAAAACAUGUGCUGGCGUAACUUCAAUCAUGUAAAAAAUAAAUAAAUAAAAUAAUAUAUAUUUUUUUUAUGGAAGAAGUACUGUGUAUCUGUAAUAAAUAUAUAAAUAUUAUUUAUUUAUUUUUAUUUAAGGCCAAAGUUGUUGAACUGGAAAGUCAGCUAUAUUUGUAGUUCGUCUAUUUUGGACUUAAAAAUUCAAUUCAAUUCUUGGCUGUCCUCACUUUAGUAAGUUACCCCAGUUUUAGGAUCCCUGGAUAUUCCCUUCCCUUAAUCGGAGUUAUUCAUUGUGCGGAAUGCUGCAACCCUGCUGCUGUAACAUAUUGUCACGGGACUCCAGAGAGUACAGUAUUUUACCGUCGUAUUCUACUGCUAGUGUGUUCUCGAGCGUCGGAGACUAGAGUGUGUGUGUGUGUGUGUGUGUACAUCCUGAGUAUAAAAGUUAAUUUUAAUCCGUAUGGAAAACUGUUGGUGAUGAGACACUAUUCACUUAAAGUAAUCUGCAAAAAAGUACAGUUUGGACUAUUAGUGUUGUGAAAUUUGGGAGAACCAGUCCAGUAAUGGCAUAUUUGCAGAUCGCGUAAAAUGCUUGCUUUGUUCUUGUAUUUAUUCCACAAGCUUUAUUAAAUAAUGUUAUCUUGGCCAAUGAGACCAUUGUUACAUAAGAGCUUUUAGGUUCUUGGUUAUGAGUGCCUUUUACUGUUGAGUACAGUUCGGGUUAUGUGUAGUUGCAGAUUUAUUUAAUGAUUCAGCUGAUUUGUACUAUACAUUAUGUUUGUGCUGUGGAUUCUAUAUGUUAAAUGGGUUAAGGGUGCUCUGGUAUGGAAGGACCUGAGGUGUUUCUAUAGUCUUGGCAAUUAUUCAUGACAUGGAAAUGUGGACAUAAUAUACUGAUGAUGGCUCUGCUUGAUGGUUCUGGAGGCUGAAUAACACACGGUUUUUCGCAAAACACGUAAUUAUAGCAAAUUAAGGCUAAAGUAGCCAAAAUGUGACUUCAAGUGAGCUGGAUACGUUUUUUUUCUCAGGUUAAUUUCGUUUCUAUGUUGCCUUUUGGGCAUAAUUUGUUCACGUUUGGUAUAUAAUGCUGAUGGUGUACAAACUUGGCCACUUACCUGUUGGGAAACCUAGUAGAGAAUUAUCUAAUUAGUCUUAAGUUUAAGAAUUAAAACAAGGAACACUCCAAGCACUGUAAAAAUUACAGCAGAUUGUAGUGGUAAACGCUAAAAUGUACUGUCGUGGUUAUGGUGACCCGAGUGCACUGCCCACACCCCUUUUUAUAAAUGGUCAAAUUAUUUUUGACUUUUUACCUGUGGUGCGUUGGCUGCCGCACCCUACUUCCUCUUAGCUGUCAGGAGACCCCCCCCCCCACACUCCCUCCUCCUAUCAGCUAUUGUUUAGUGCUUAUGGUGUACGAUAUAUAAAUCCAUAUGUGGUUUCCUAUAAUAAAUAUCUAGAAUUGCAUUAAGAUGUGUUACUAACAGAUACUGCCUGUUUGAGGAUUGUGAGAAAAGUAAAACUGUUGAUUUCAUUGGUGCCUUUAAACUUCUAAUACCGAAAAGUAUGAUUCCUCUGUGCCGGUCUGUGAAUACAAUUAAUUAUUCUUCUGGAUAACCAGGUAUACCCCUAACAUUAAAUAUCCGUUCCUAAAACCUAUUGUAAAUGAGUCAAUUUGAAAUUGAUUUGGUUUGUUUUUUGGUAAUUGCAUGCUGGUUGUGCUUCAGUGGAGCGUACCUCCUUUGUAUUCAUGAUUUGUACCUUCUGUACACACGUAUUCAAAAGUUAGGCCCUAGUGCUCCCUUAUUUAAAGGGACACUCUAAGCACCCAGACCACUGCAGGUCAUGAAGUUGUCUGGGUGCCAUGUCCCUGCCCCCCUUAGUCCUGCAAUGUAAAACAUUGCAGUUUGAGCCUCUUGUGGCUUUUACCAGACCGCCACUAGAGGCACUUCCGGGAGUUUACUGGACUCUAGAGGACAUCCAAAGCUACCCUAUAUGCUUGUGCGCUUGCCAUGCAUUAGGUCCCCACGUCAGAGAGGGUGUAUUGCUGACCCAGAGCGGAGGGACGUUGAUGCUGGAAUUGAGUAAAUAAAGGGUUGGGGAACCCUUUAUAGGUGGGUGGGGGGGUUGCAAGGGAGGGGUGUGGAGCAUUCUAUUAGAUAUGCCAGGCUGCAAAUUACCCAGUUUAAGUCCUAAAGUUGCUGCACUUGUACAGCACAUAACAGAGAGCAGGAAAAUUCUCCACCAAUCGGGUGUCUCCAAUUCUGUUUAGCAGGUGUCUUUCGCAUACGUAGUUCUGCUCCAGCUACUGCCCUACUAAUCAAAUUUUGAGUGGAAAACCUGAAUAAUCUAAAUGCAGAAGUUGACUUCAGAUUGCCACUUGCGCAGGUUUUGUGAAUGUAACUUGUAAGGUAUUUACCCAGACUGUUGAUGGCAUGUACACCGCUGGCCCUUGGGAGGUGGCAGAGACCUGCAUGAUGUGUGCCCACCAUUCACACAAUAUGGACUGCAAAGGGUGGAAGUAAAAUGUUCUGGCAUCUGGCACAGGAGGGGCAAUCUUAAAGGGAAACUAUAGUGCCCACCUCCCCUGCCAUGGUGCAGAAGGGGUUAAAACCUCUUCUGACACUUAUCUGCGUUUAGCGCCAAUGUCCAUCUGCGCUGGCUAGGGGCCACCUCCGCUCCCCCAUGUUGAUGUCAGCCAGCGGGGAGACCUAAUGCGCAGGUGUGGCAAUGGCAUUAGUAUUUGGGGUUUUAGCUGACGCUGGAUGUUCCUCCCACUCGUAAGUCCCUCUAGUGGCUGUCUGGUAGAUGGCCACUAGAGGUGUAGUUACCCCACAAAGCUAAUUAUUGCAGUUUAAAAAAAACAAAAACAAACCUGCAAUAAUACAGUGCACCCAGACAACUUCAAUGAGCUGGAGUCAUCUACAGUGUAAUUUUAUGCAAAUCUGUCUGAAAAAUACCUUGCAUUACAUCCAAACCAACUUAUGUUCAUUGUACAGGUUCUUGUUCAUAUAUUAUUCCAUUUACGAUAACUAAAACAUUGUCUUGGUACUUCUUUGGUAAAGCUCCUUGGACAUAACAUUUUUAUUUUUAAUUCUUUCUGACAGAAGCAGUGUUAACCCACUCAUUGAAUGGUAGUUUGCAAUGGUUUUUAAAGCAUUGUCUAUUUUCAAUAUAUAUAUUUUAAAAUAUUGUCUAGGAAGCAAAGGUUUUUUGAAAUACUUUAUUUAAUUUAAUUUUUUUAUUUUUUAAAUAACUCGAAUGGUAUUUUAUAUUAACUUGGUUGUCUUUGCUCAACAAGCAUAUAGCUUGAGUUUGGCCAAUAAUAGGUUAACGUGAAGGCAAUAAGCAAUCCUUCAUCUGCUUUUAGAAAGGUGGAGAGCCUGUGAGUUUCUGAUUAGGAUGUCUAAUUAUGUUGGUUCUUAAUAUUGAUUGCGGCCUUGCAGAGUCCCAAGUGGUUUUGAUAGCUCUGUCAUCAAUCACUGGUGUUUAUUGCUCAGCAAUCCUGUCUAUUCCGCAGCCUAUCCCCUCCUGCUGAUUUUUGUCUUGGAGUAAAUAUUUAUAAAUCUGAAGAGGCAGUAAAUUUAUCAUUUACCCUGGUUGAAACUUAACUUUGCUGUUUGUUAUGUGUAUACAAAAUAGAAUGACAGCAAGUAUUUCACUUGCCCUCUGUUCCAGGCCCCAAUAGUUGAGAUGAGAAAAUUGUUAAGAUUUUUACACAAUGGUUUUAUUUAUUGUCAACAUACUCUGCACUCAGUGGUAUAAGCAAUAUAACCUAACUAAAUUUUGAAAAAACAAUUUCAGCAAGUGGAAUCAAUUGACUAAGAUUGUUCAAUUGAGAUUAUUUUGGCAAUUUGUAGCAGAUAUUGGGGUUGCCGAUUGCCCCCCUCUCUUCUCCUGAAUCUAAAAAGUGUGCGUGUGUGUGUUCUCAAUAUGAACUGGUAACCUGCAAGCUUUUGGCAGUUACAAGUUCACUUUAACAUUGAAUACUCAAUUUAAAAGUGUAUCCGUCUAAACGCUUUGAACGUUUAUCCCAGCACUUACAACCUGUCAUAACCAGCCAUGGUUGGACAUUUUUUUUUUUUUUCCUGUAAAUCUCUAAUCUGCAAGUAAAAUGUCUGCAUCCUGAAUGGCAAACGAGAGGAGCUUUUUGUUCAAAGGUUGUACCAUGACCACUUUGAUUUGGGGGGGGGGGGGCGGUCCUGGUAUUAUGGAGUCUAUAUGUGCAACAAUUCAGAGUGUCAUUCAUCGGCUGAGAGCUAAUUCUGCAUCUUUAGAAGUGUACUUGGUACUAAUGUAUGCGAAAGCAUUUAUAAUUAUUAACAUGGCUCUAAAAGAUUCCACAGCACUUUAAAAUAUUAAGGGGACUUUAACAAAUGAAACCAACUAUUAAAAAAUUUGGCAGGAACAAUAGGUUGAUACAUAUAUGAUGAACAUGGACCACUUUUAAAAAAGCAUUAAUAAAUUUGAAAGCUUGCUACUGUAACCACCUCCGCUAACGCACAAUCCCGACUGCUAGAAAACUGCCGCACCAAUAAUCACACUGAGCUCACCUAGUAUAGACUGUAACGAAUUCAUUAUAGCAAUCUACCUGUUAAAGUAGGAUACUGUUCUGAUUGAUUACAUAGAGUAAACUACUGAUAUUUUCCAUUGGUGUGCUGGUCUCUGACCUGUUUUCCCAGUUCACUAAAGUUUCAACUAAUUUACUAAUCGCCUAGAAUAUGUAUUUUCCUGCCCUGUUUAUAUUGCCUAAAUAUGUAAUUCCUUGGCCAAUUCUCCGCCAUUCCCAAUUUAGAUGAUAACCAAGAGUAUAAUGAUCAUGCUGGUCUUAUAAACGAUGUUUUUAUUUUUUUUCUUUAAAAAUAUGAUCUGGUGGGGAUUGUGAUCUGAACUAUAAAAACUAUUAACCAUUCUAUGUCUUUUUUAGAUGAUCUACCUACCUGUAAGAAACUUUGCCAGAAGCCAUAAAAAAAAUAUAUGGAUAUAUCAGAUUAACACUUAAGUCACUAUUAAUGCUUGCAGAGUACAAAUGCUCACUGGUACUCAAGUUCCCCGAGAAUCGUGCCUUGCUUACGACCGAUCUACUGAUUCUGUUUAUUACGUAGAUAAAUAGACCAAAAACAAGAUAAAAUAAAAAUAUUGCUUCAUGUUCUAAAAUGUAUUAAUCAACCAGUGACUGUUACACAAACCUGUCUAGCUUUUUCUUUUUUUUUUUUUUCUUUUUUCCUCUCGUCUUUACCACUUUGUUCAUUUUGCUGAUGCUUGACUCUGUCAUUGCUUUCAAUAUUUUUGAAAUACGCUAUGUACUAACCUUAUCUCUGUUCUCUCUUUCAGUCUGUACCCCACCCCCAAAGAUGAGAGAAUCCCGAGCACAGCUGUUCUCCUAGAGUUUCACUAGGCCUGAAAACUCAUGCAGUGGAUAUCUCCUGACAAGCAAUUGAGUUAUCUUGUCAUCUGUGAACGAUGGGAGUCACAUGGACCACAGUCACUACAGAGCUGACUUGAGGAAUUCUCAAGGACGUCGGAGCGCAAAGAAUGCUCUGUUUUUAUUAUUAGGGAAGAAGAAACUUUUAAAGCAAAAAAAAAUAAAAAAACCCUAAAAGCUAUUUAUUACCGAAAAAAGUUUUACUUUUGUUAAAACUGAAACAAAAUGUGCUGCUGUUUUUAGUUCAUUGGUAUUAGACUGAAGCUACACACCAUAAUGAAACUGAACUAUUUACUACAAUAAAACUAUCAUCUUCAGCUUUUAAAAUAAAAGUUUGAAAUCUUUA